CAACUACCAUUCGAGCUUCACCUGUUUGUCUUUGGUGUUUGGAGAGAGAGAGAGAGAGAAAGCAUGAAGUUCACAGACUCGCCGGUGAUUGAGCUUCCCGUCGGCAACGCCGUUCUCUCUUUGCAACAAGACAACGGCUCCAUGCACGUCGGAACUUCCGUCUGGCCCUGUUCCCUCGUACUCGUCAAAUUCGUUGACCGCUGGGCCCCACAUACCACCACCACCGCUAACAACCCUUACGCUCACCUCCUCGAUUUCCGAGGCAAGCGCGCGGUGGAGCUCGGAACCGGGUGCGGCGUUGCCGGUAUGGGCCUAUACCUAUUGGGCCUGACGGACCUGGUCCUCACCGACAUCGGCCCAGUAAUGCCCGCACUGAAGCGCAACCUCAAGGUCAACAAGCCCGUUCUCCGCAAGAACCUGAAGCACACGAUUCUCUACUGGAACAACCCGCACCAGAUUAGCUCCCUCAACCCGCCCUUCGAUUUCGUCAUCGCCACCGACGUCGUUUACAUCGAGGAAACCGUGGCUCCGUUGGUUUCUGCAAUGGAAACCCUCCUCGCCGACGACGGCGUCGUUUUGCUAGGGUAUCAGGUCAGGUCCCCCGAGGCGCACAAGCUUUUCUGGGAAUUGUGCGACCAAGUGUUCGACGUCGAAGAGGUCCCUCACGACCAUCUCCAUCCUGAAUAUGCAUACGAAGAGACCCAUGUUUAUCUAUUGAGGAAGAAGAAGAAAGAACGCUGAUCGAUUCUUGUUAACAGGGUGUGACAGCUGGUGUUUAUGUUGACCCUCCAAAUGAUUGCCAGCGAGGAUCCUUGACCACUUGCGAAGCCUGUGCUUCUCUAAUACUUGCUGCUGUAUCUGAGUUUUGAACUUUGAGCUCCCUUGGUGUGAAUAAAAAAAAGAGGAUAGGUGGCAAUAUUAUCAUAUUUAAUCCUCUCCAUUAUAUUCUUUUCAAAUUAUUGUCCUUUUUUUAAAAAGAAAAGGAUUUUGGAUCACAAUUUAAUCGACAUAAAAUUUGUGUUAAAACACUUCAUUGUUUUUUUUUUUUAAUAUCGGGGGCACGAGGCCCGAAAAUAAGUCUAACUACCGACUAAUCAGAAACUUGCUAUCUUCAUUACAUUAAAGAUCACAAGAAUACCCCACUUUCAAAUAUAACUACAAUGCAUAAGUAGCUAAUCAUCCAACACUUCCCUAUAAAUAUGAUUUAGCUGCAUUAUCUAUUCUCUCGAACUUAAAGAGACAUAAAUUUGGGUGCUAGUACAGGAGCUGAAUCUCAAUUUUUAAUUUUGCUCUCUCCUUAUUUUCAAAAGAAUGAACGGUGCGGAUGAACCAUGUUUAUGGGAAAGGUAAUACUUGUGUUAACUGGUUAGCUAUCUAUGCAUUGCAUUUGCCUUUCAGAAAAAAAUUUCAUGCACCUACCCUAGAGUUAGAUAUUCUUAAUGAUCUCUGAUAUAUUGAAGCUCGGAAUAUUCUUGUUAGUUGGUAGUUAGCCUUCUGUUCUUAUAUUCAAAAAAAAUUUCUAUUUUGUUUUUUUGUUAAGUUCGAAUAAUUUGAAAAUAACAUAAUGGAGAAAUUUAAAUAUGUGAGUAAUGCUACCUGCAUUUGCACUUGUGUGUUAUAUAUCUUGUGAGUAGACUUGUGCGCACGAGAUACACAAGACACUUUAUCCUAAAUACGCAAAUCCACAGGCAAAUGUAAUUUCUUAAGGUUGAAGAUUGAUGGCUCUGCAGCUUUAAUGGCUUAAAGUUGAUUGACUUGAUUGCACUCCACGUAAAUUACACAAUCAGUAUUGACACUAUAUUCAACUUUCUCAGUACAAACAAACUACCCAAGAAAUUUUGAAACUUGAAAAGUUAGGGUAUGGUAGUAUAGUGUAAUGUAGUGUCAAUCAAAUUUUUAUUAAAUAUUAGCAUUUGAUCAAUGUUGGUGCUUUAUGCUUUGUAAUGAUUUUGAAUUUGAUUAAUCACUUGAUGUAGCCUACUCUAUGGACUGAAGUUUAGAGUAACUGAAAAGGUUAAUUUCGUGUUGCUUUUGGUUUGAGUGUGCGUUUUGAUACAUCAUUUGAUUGCAGGGUGGAUCCCAUUAGCAAGCUUAGGUUCACCUUCAUACUUGUUUUCAUUCUAUAAUAAUAAGUAGAGGUAAAGAGAAUUUUGAGAGAUGGCUAGUGAUAGAUUUGAUGAAAGAUGCAGUAGUCCUGCAGCCUAGCCUAGGUAUUAUCUGAAGUUCCAUGAGUACUAGUUAUACUCCAUUUGUGCAUUUUCUGAUUUUCACCUUAUUGUUAGUUGAUAAUGAAAAUUCCAUUUAUUCUUUGAGUAGUAGUCUGGAAGAAUAUGAAAAUUCCAUUUUCAGAGUGUUUUUAUGCAAAUUUUCUUUUUGUACUUUCUAGUUUGUAUAUUGUCUGUCUGGGACGGCCUUGAGAAACUUAUUGUGGAGACAGAUUCUUGUUAACAGGGUGUGACAGCUGGUGUUUAUGUUGACCCUCCAAAUGAUUGCCAGCGAGGAUCCUUGAUCACUUGAGAAGCCUGUGCUUCUCUAAUACUUGCUACUGUAUCUGAGUUUUGAACUUUGAGUUCCCUUGGUGUGAAUAAAAAAAAAAGGAUAGGUGGCAAUAUUAUCAUAUUUAAUCCUCUCCAUUAUAUUCUUUUCAAAUUAUUGUCCUUUUUUAUUUUAAAAGAAAAGGGUUUUGGAUCACAAUUUAAUCGACAUAAAAUUUGUGUUAAAACACUUCAUUGUUUUUUUUUUUAAUAUCGGGGGCACGAGGCCCGGAAAUAAGAAGUCUAACUACCGACUAAUCAGAAACUUGCUAUCUUCAUUACAUUAAAGAUCACAAGAAUACCCCACUCUCAAAUAUAACUACAAUGCAUAAGUAGCUAAUCAGCCAACACUUCCCUAUAAAUAUGAUUUAGCUGCAUUAUCUAUUCUCUCGAACUUAAAGAGACAUAAAUUUGGGGUGCUAGUACAGGAGCUGAAUCUCAACUUUUAAUUUGUGCUCUCUCCUUACUUUCAAAAGAAUGAACCGUGCAGAUGAACCAUGUUUAUGGGAAAGGUAAUACUUGUGUUAACUGGUUAGCUAUAUAUGCAUUGCAUUUGCCUUUCAGAAAAAAAAUUCAUGCACCUACCCUAGAGUUAGAUAUUCUUAAUGAUCUCUGAUAUAUUGAAGCUCAGAACAUUCUUGUUAGUUGGUAGUUAGUCUUCUGUUCUUAUAUUCAAAAUCUUUUUCUAUUUUGUUUUUUUGUUAAGUUCCAAUAAUUUGAAAAUAACAUAAUGGAGAAAUUUAAAUAUGUGAAUAAUGCUACCUGCAUUUGCACUUGUGUGUUAUAUAUCUUGUGAGUAGACUUGUGCGCACCAGAUACACAAGACACUUUAUCCUAAAUACGCAAAUCGACAGGCAAAUGUAAUUUCUUAAGGUUGAAGAUUGAUGGCUCUGCAGCUUUAAUGGCUUAAAGUUGAUUGACUUGAUUGCACUCCACGUAAAUUACACAAUCAGUAUUGACACUAUAUUCAACUUUCUCAGUACAAACAAACUACCCAAGAAAAACAGCCGAAGGACAUGUAGGGUGGAGAAUGGCCAGGCCAGCCACCGAUAAAGAAAGCGAAGACCGAGAAGAAGACGCAGAUGAAGAAAAGCUGACUAAAUGUGUGUUCUUUGCUCUUUCUGUGUAGAAUUAUAUAGUAAUUUUCAUUUCUUGCAGCAUUGAAUAUAAUGGUAGUUUAUAGAUUCGACAUUGUUCUGUCUAAAGCUGAGUCAAAAGAUAGGCUUCAUAGCUGAUGUUUCUUUUCUAGCACUUUCUUUUUUGGUUCUUGAAGCUGUUGAUCUUUAUCUUUCCCGAUUGAGUAGAAUAAUAUUCUAGUUCUCUUGUUCAAAUGUCACUGAAAUGGACUGAAAUUGAUGAAUAGUUAC